AUGGAUUUUGAUCAGCAGGUUCUGCGGACACUGUGCGUAAGACCUGCUCCAAAAACAGAAAUACGCACAUUCCGUGAGGCAAAGGUAUCGAAUUUCUACAUAAAGAAAAACGAAAAGUACGAUUAUGUCAAGCAUAGACUGGAAUGCAUGCGACCGUACUUCCUAGAGCUGCUGCAAAUCAAGCGAUUUGAGUCUGUCAACCAUAUAUCUGAAUCUUCAUUUUACACAUAUGGGACAAUAGUCAACCCUACAGGACUAAAGCUUGAUUCAUCGAAUAUAUGCAUUGCAUCUAAUGUUGAUGAAAGCAACGAUGUUGUUGUUAGACUCAAUAUGGAGCAUUUACAUAGAUACUCGGUAUUUCCUGGCCAAGUUGUUGCAGUAAAGGGAAAAAAUGUUGGUGGAGACGAGAUAAUUGUUGAGAGACUCGAUUGUAUUCCAGUUGUGGAUGUAAACACGACAGAAGCAAGCAGUUCUGAUAAUACAUUCAAUAAUCUAAGGAUAGUUGCAUUUCAAGGACCUUAUUGCUGUGAACUUGGAGGAUGUGAAGUUGAUGUGUUUGAGAAGGUUCUUGCGAUGGAGGCAGACAUUUUGGUUUUGAUAGGUCCAUUUGUAAAGCCAAUAAAUGAACUUGAUGGGAAGUCUCCGUAUGGUGUGCUGAAUGAUGUUUUUAUGCCAAAGGUUCGAAGGUGGCUAGGAAAGCAUUUGUGGCGGAAAGUGAUUCUGGUGCCAUCGAUAGGAGAUCCUACAUGCCUGAGUGUGUAUCCACAGGAAGCGAUUGAUUUUGAAGAGGAGCGUGUAUACUGUGUUAGUAAUCCCUGUGAAAUUUUUGUGAAUGAGUGCCUGAUUGCAAUCUCAUCAUUAGAUAUGCCUCUUGAAAUAUGCUCUGAGGAAUAUUUUUAUAACUCUGGAAAAGCAGAUGUGGCAGAUGUGUGUGGAGAGCUUCUUUUCAAGGGAGACAGAAUGGAUAGGUUGGCACAUCAUCUGGUGUUUCAGAGGAGCUUUGUGCCUGUAUUUCCAUCGAGAAGCGCAGUGUCAUAUUCUUCACCAGAAGGAUUGAUGAUGGGAAUGGCACCGGACAUAUACAUUGUUGUGUCGAGAUUGAAAGGAUUUUGUAGACGAGCAGGACCAAGCCUGGUGGUUAACCUUGGAUUUGUAGCCAGAGGAGGAAGUGCAUGUGUAAUAAAGCCUGGUACUAAUAGAGAAGCAGAUGCAGAGUUUAUUGACUUGUGUAAUGAGGAGACUGAUGGAAUGGAUGAUAAAUAG